AUGGGGAGUCCCGAGUUCGAAUCCCGGCACCCCCCUAAUCCCGUUUCAAUUUUUAAGAAGGCGCUGAUGCGAGCUGCUGUUAGCCGAGCCGCCGCAAAUUCCGAGCCGUAUACUCCCAACCGAGCCGCAAGCUUAGAAACCCUAGCCGUAAACCCGAACCCCGCCGCCGGUCGUGAACUGUUUCCGGCAGAGCCAGAUGAAGAAAAGGGCAUAGAGGAGGCACGCAGUGAACAUCACCAGUCGGAAACCCCGCCAGAUUCUCGCGUGUUUCAAGGGGUUGAUACAGACUAUCUACGCUCUCUCGAGGAGGUAAUUAUCAGCCUAAAGCUUCAACUUAUUAUGGCCAAGGCAAGGGCUGUGCGAGCUGAGCAAAAAGUAGAUUUAAUCACCCAAGAAGCGGAUGAACCGACUGAACUUCUGAUACGUCAUCUUGACGAUUGA